AAAGAAUUAAAUGACUUGUAAACAGAAAGAGAAUGGAUAGUUACUCAAAGAAUUUAAAUCCUAAGAUAGUUGAGAACGUUUCGGAGAAGUUUCAAAAACAGUUAAUUAAACUUGCUCUAAAAUCAGUAAACGAAUCUGAGGUUAUAUUAUUAAACGAUUCAGCAUUACUAAAACUAAAAGAAGAAAAUAAUAUUAAUGAUGAGGUAUUAUACGAUCUGGUUGGAAUCUACAUAGCGGUUAUUAAUUUAUUCUUAUGGAACAGCAAGGAGGAAUUUGAAGAAAAAUUAUUCAAUGCAGGUUUUCCUCAAAGCUUUAUCGACAACCUACCCUUUAACCAGAACAAUCGGGAUGUGAUACUUUCGAAUGUACAAAGAGAAAACACGGUUUCUGUAGAUUAUAAAAUAGAUAUUAGUUUAAAUAAUAGUUCUUUAAAGAAAAUUAUUCCACCAUGGGUUAUUCUCAACUUAAAUCAAGGUGAAAAGAAGGUUAAUUUUUCCAUGGAUAGUGCCACAUUCCACAAAUUACGUUUUAGUUUAGCCGAACUUCUUAAGGAAUUACAAAGCGUUAAAAAUAUGAAUAUUGUAAAAAAUAAAUAAAUUUUAUAACUCAAA